GAAGUGUAGCGUGAAAGAAAGCGGAAGUAAUGAGACGAUUCACGGCGAACCCGAGUUGAAGAAACUUCCGGCUCUGAGGUUUGGAAGUUUUGGAGUCUUGGAGCAGGUUUCCGGCCAUGGCUUGGACACAGAAGAUCUACAGGACGGUGCUGUUCGCGCUUUGGGCCUCGGUAAUGUCCGCUUUUAACCCGAGUGAGGACAGCGAGCUGACUUUCCUGCUUCCUGCUGGAGCUUCCGAAUGUUUCUUCCAGACCACGCAGAAAAACGGAACCCUGGAGGUCGAGUACCAGGUGAUUGCCGGAGCAGGUAUGGACGUGGACUUCUCCAUCAUCUCUCCUCAAGGCGUCCACCUGGCCUCAGAGUUUCGCCGCUCCGACGGAGUUCACAUGAUCGAGUCUACUGAAGCAGGAGAUUACCAGAUCUGCUUCGACAACAGCUUCAGCCGCUUCUCUGAGAAGAUGGUGUUCUUUGAGGUCAUUCUGGAGAACGCAGCCAGCGAUACAGCGGGAGAGGAUGACUGGAUGGGGCUCGGGGAACCGGAGAACCUGCUGGAGUACAAGCUGGAGGACAUUCGGGAGUCGAUCGAGUCUGUGCACCGUCACCUGGAGAAAAGUCGGCAGAUGCAGACGGUGCUGAGGGCAUUCGAGGCUCGAGAUCGUAACCUGCUGGAGAACAACCUGUGGCGGGUCUCCUUCUGGUCCUGUACCACGUUAGUAGCUAUGCUUGUGGUUGCAGUCACUCAAGUCUACACGCUACGCCGCCUCUUCGACGACAAUAGAAAGGUCCGAUCCUGAGGACACGCCCCCUCCAAGGAAUCUGUACUCAUGGUGGAAGUGUCUGGAGCGCAGCCUGAUACCUGUAAAAUGACUCGUAGUGUAAAAGUGCCUUAAACAUGCGGUGGCAGCUGCAGGAUCAAACAUGGCAUCGUCCUCCAUUUCCUCGGACCGUUGAGAAGAACCGCCGUACUUCCUGAGCAGCACCAUGUCGGUCCGCUUUAUCACGAAUAACAUGACGGCAGUGACCGGGUCACGUCAGCCCAACACUGCCCUGAUGUUAUUCGUGAUAAAAACACGGCCUUCUGUCACCUUUUAUACAACAUUAUUUUUUCAAAGUGAAUGUUUUUAAUGUCACCGAUUUACUGCUGGGAAAAUAUAAAUGGUUAUAGGGAUGAAAUGCAAACAUUGAGAGAAACAUUGAAAUGCGAAGCCAGAGGAUCAAAAUUCCAACACAGCUGAGAGCCGCACACUGAUCUUAACCCCCAAAAGUACCAUGGUACGAGUUAUGAGCCAGUAGUGGAAUCAUCUAGCAGGUAGCACAUUAACCCUUUUCCCCUUCAGCUCCACUGAAAACGCUUCUGUAGCUGAAUGUUGUAUAAAAUGUAGUACUUCAGGGGAAAAUGUCAUUUAGCCUGAUUUAUGUCUGGGAAAAAAAGUACAAUAAUGUUUCAGGUUCAAUAAACUGAUGAAUAAAAUAAUGAAUAAAUUCAACACAGUUGAAGGAGAAACAUCACUGGACUCUUUCCCACCUCAUUGCCCUCAUGUUUACUCCUGUAGCUUAUAGAGUGAACCAGACAUCUGGGACCGGUCCAUAAAUCCAGAACUUCAGUGCACUGAUAGUGGUAGUGGGACAUUGGGACAUUGGUGGUGGCGUUUGUGUGGUCGUGGUACAUGUUUUUAUUCAUUAAUCAAACAUCUCACCAUCAUUUCUGUUUUCCAAAUCAGUAAAUAAAUGAACAAACUGUA